AUGAGGAAGUGUGAAAAGAAGGAGAGAUCAAAGAAAGAGCAGGAGGAACUUACAGUGAUCCUUCAAGAAACUGUCAAAAAGUAUUGUUGGAAGAAAUCUCGUCAGAAUGCACGCAAUGAUGAACCGGUGCUUCGCGGUCCAGCGGUUGAUCCAAUUUCAAUAUGGACGAUACAAGAUGGUCCAGAAACUGCUGGUGGCCUUUCGAGUCACUCAAGUUUGCGAGGGCCUGACCUGUAUACUAGAUAUGCAUGGGUCAUCGCCGGUUACAACAACGGAGGGGGACAUGUUAUUGUAACAUCGCCACAGAGUCAGCAAUUGGGGGAUUUCAAUCCAGGAUCCCCAAAUUUUCAUAAUCAUGACGAGGUUUGUUCAUUUUGGGCAAUGGCUUCCAAACGGUUCACACCAUUCCAGCCCCUUUGGGACUGGGUGCUCGACCUGCUGCAAAACAGUUGCUUUGCAAAGCACUUUGUGUUUGACGCCCAACAUUUGUACAAGUUCAAUGGAGAGCACUUCAUGCACUUUUUUGAUGAGCCCUGGACUGCUAAUUCAUUUUGGGAAGCACAAUCACGACUUCCACUGGAUGCUAAGCCACUGGCAUUCAUUCUUUAUGCUGACAAGAGCAAGCUGUCAUCUUUUGGGACUCAAAAGGGCUACCUGAUUGUCGCACGGAUUGCAAAUUUACCAGUUGAAAUCAGGAACGGUACUGGCAUGGCUGGUGGUCGGGUUGUUGACAAAGACAAAAUGCAGAGCGGAAACCAAAGUUUCAUGAACUUCAAGAAUGCAGUUUGGCAUAAGUCAUUUUUCCUGCUCCUGGAGGCAGUCAUACAACACUCGAAGACUGGGUACUGGCUCGACUGUGGUGACAUGAUAAGGCGCUUUCUUUGGCCAUUGAUACUGAUUCUCAGCGCUGACUAUGAGGAACAAUGUGUCAUGGCCUUAAUUUUUGGGCUGAAAGGAAAAUUUCCAUGUCCAAUUUGUCUCGUCCCCCAAGAUAUGCAGGCUGUCUUCUCAGUAGAACAUGUGCUACGUACAAGUGCCCAAUCUCAACAAACUUUGGAGAUCGCAAGAGCAGCAAGUACAAAGAAGGCCAGAGCAGCAAGUACAAAGAAGUCCAGAGAAGCCCACCUAAAAGCAUUCUCAUUGCGUGAUGUUGAGUGUGUUUUUUGGGUUUGGUUUUGUGAUGUCCAUCGCACCCUCUCAUGGGAUCAUCUGCACGCAAGCGGGUUAUGGAGCGAUCAUUUGUGGGAAGAGUUGCACUUCUGGCUCGCUGAAUUUGGGCGAGAAGCUGCUUCUGAGAUUGAUGCAAAGUUCAUCUUGAUAUUGAAUCUACCAUCAUCAUUCUACAACAUGAUUUACUACAUGGAUGUUCUCCCAAGAUGGCCGAACUUGCGGCACUUCAUGCAUGUGAUCAAAAUUGAUUUUUCCGAUGGCUCAGUCCACGAAGAUAUAUCAAGGAUGAUCAUCUUUGCAGAUCAGAACAUCCUCACAACUACUGAGAGUGAAAACUGCUACCUGCUUCUACAAUGCAUCCGUCUCUUCAUCAAAUUUGACAUGUAUGCAUUGUUGGAGGUUCACACGGAAGAUACCAUUGCGACAGGAAGAGAAACUUUGCAUAAAUUUGUGGUGCUGCUGGAUCACCCUAAAAUUCAUCACGUUGUCAUGCAUGACGCGAGGAUUUCCAUGUAUUUCUAUUUUGUUCUGUAG